ACUGGCAUCCAAAAUAAUCGUCUCCUCGUCGGCAAAGCACGGUAAGAAAAAAAAGAAUUUACGGCAAAACAUUACCUCAUUAUUUCCCAGAAAUUAAAAUGGCGGCUGAACUAAAAAGUAGCACACAGAGUAGGAAUUGUAAUAAGAAACCAAAACCUAUCUUAAUUAGCAAGCUCGAUCUCCCAGGGGACAGUAUAUAUAGUGCAGUCUUUAUCCCACAUGAAGAUUCUGUAAUAACUGUUUCGUCAGACAAAAGUAUCAGAGUUUGGAUACAACGACAGAAUGGACAGUUUUGGCCAAGUAUUUGUCACUACAUGCCAGAGGCUGGGACUUGCUUAGAUUAUAACAAAGAGAGUGGGAAAGUUUUCGUUGGUCUAUCAAAUGGAACAAUUCAGGAAUACAGUUUGUCUGAUGAUUGCAACAAAUUAAAUCUUGUUCGAAAUUAUAUAGCACACAAUAAAAGAGUUAGAAGCAUUGUAUAUGCACUGGAUUAUAACUGGUUGCUGAGCUGCAGUAAUGACAAGCAGUUUCAGUGGCAUUGUACAAAAACUGGCAAGAGGAUUGGUGGAUACACUGCAAAAGCUUCAUGUACUUGCUUGCAAUUCGAUAUGACCUCAAGUUACGCGUUUAUGGGUGACUUCUCUGGUGAAAUACAUGUGCUGAAAUUAUCUGAAGAUGGUUUGAAACCAAUCACAGUUUUGAAGGGCCACUCAGGUAGCGUUCAAUGUCUUACGUGGGAUGCUGAGAAAAAGUGGUUAUACUCGGGAAGUUUCGAUAAAUCCGUGAUAGUAUGGGAUAUAGGCGGACAAAAAGGUUCAGCUGUUGAACUGCAUGGUCACUUAUCUAGAGUUCGAAGUAUUGGUCUUGCCAGUCAUGCAGAUCGACUUUUUAGUGUUGGUGAUGAUCAAGACUUGACAGUGUGGAAUACCAGAUCAGAAAGAAAAGAGACACCCACAUGGUCACAAAGCGAUAUGUGUGAAAAAUGUGCUUCGCCCUUUUUUUGGAAUUUCAAACAGAUGUGGGAUCAACGAAUUGUUGGCGUCAGACAGCACCAUUGUCGAAGGUGUGGUCGGGCAGUGUGUCAUAACUGCAGCGAUAAAACAUCCGUGUUACCUCAGAUGGGAUACGAAUUCGAUGUCAGAUUGUGUGAGGAAUGUUACGACAAGAUAGAAGACGAAGAGAAAAUUUCGACAUCUACAUUUCAUGAUCUCAAACACGGCAUCGCUCACCUAAAUAUCGACCUUUCGAAAUCCCGCAUGCUAACUUGUGGUGUGGAUAAUAUGGUGAAGAUAUGGGAUAUUCGAGAACUUCUGGACGAGGGAAGAUAAACUACUUUAUUUUUAUUUUUAUUAUUUUUUGUGGAAUUUUUCUCGUCUUUUCUUCUAUAUUUCUUAGUUUUUCUAUAUAUUUUUAUUUUUUUCUGGACGCAUAGAAUGUUAAUUUUAAAUAGUACCAUCGCGUAGUUAUUGUUAGCUGUGCGUGGUGUCCUCUCCCGUGUUUGUUGUGUCACCCUCCCCCAUAUUGAUUAAGCUCUUUGUUUGAGCUCCGUCACCUGUGUGUUUCAUAGAAGAAUGUAAGUCUUCGUGUGGAGUGUCUUCAAAAGCAAAAAGAUUCUUUAUCAUGAAAAUAGUCAAAUCUCUAAAUCUCUAUCCUCUCUCAUGUUUAAUUCUUUUAAUGUUGGAUACGACAGGAUUGCAUCUUACCGUCUUUUUUUACGGCGGAUGCAAGUUAGCGUCGUUUCUUUAACUGUCAAUAUGGACGCUGAAACUCCUAGGCGCUUUUGCGCAUAUCGUUUAACGGGAAACUCCUUGUGUUUACAUUUUUCCCUAGAAGUUUGGGCAUUCGUUUGUACCUAGAUAUUUUUUUCGUUUAAAAGUUGUAGAAGUUAGCUUAAAAACGCGAAAUACAGGCAAAAAAAUAAAAAAUUAACACCCUAUUUUUUUAACACCCUAGUAUUAUUCAAACUCUCUAAUUCGAAUUUUAAUGUUGAGUUAAAAACAUUUGUUCAAAUUACGGGAUAGUGCACAUUUCGUACUUAAAAUGUCUUAAAAAGUCUUUUUAGAAUGAUUAAACCAGAACAAAUAACUACAGCAUUCGAAUUUCGAUGAGAAUAUGGUGGUCAGUUAACACGUGGUUAAAAAUUACUUCAAAUUUCGUUCUUAUACACCUUGUUUAAACAGGGUUGUCACGCCUUUUCAAAAUUUAAUUCUCCUGAAAUUUAAAAAAAGUCUCCUCAAAUCUCCAAAAGUUGAUUUUUGAACAACUCUUUUCUGUGGCCCUCCUGGAUUUGUUACGAACGUUACAAUGGGUGGGAGGUGUUAAAAAAUGGCUAAUUUGGGUGUUACGUAAUUAUUAAAUGGACAUUCAAUAUUUUAGGAAAAAUAUUAUAUGUCCUUGGAUGUCCCCUAUUUUUUUAUGAAAAUACUGUUAUCCUCAAAAAAUAUGGUAGAAAAUUCUUGAACCUUGUAUAAGGAAAUUAACAUUUCGCUUAUCUAUUUUUAUCGUAAGUUUCCAUCCUUAGUUGAUGUAAAAUACUUCACUGUCCAUAUAAUUACAAGAAAAACAUUUGAUA